AGAUACACAGCAAAAUUACAGAGAGAAGUAGAGAGAGAGAGAGAGAGAGAGAGUCAAAAGAGACCUAUAUUACAGAGAGUUAGUUGUCAUUUGUAAGGAUAGGGGUAUAUACUAGCAGAAUAUAUGACUCCAGUUUAGUUUAGUGAAAAACGGAUAACCAGAAGAGACUGCAGACCUUCAAUUCAGACCUGCCUCUGUCGCAGGUGAGAUGGCGGUGAGUCAAAGGCCCUUAAACUCGACCACACCGUUCUUAGAUUCAUCCCAAAUAGAGCUGAAGGGGUCUUGCCCAGGCCUCCCCAGCCCAGCAGGCAGGACGAGUGACGAGAAGGGGAAGAAGAGCAAAGGGGACUUCAUGGCUUGUUUAAAACCCAGACUAGUUCAAGCCCUAACACAGGGCACAGCAGAACAAGUGGGUGAAGAAGGUCCACUGAACUAUCAGAAUCGCUUGUUCAUAGCCCAGGCUGUAUGUGAAACCCAAGAGACCCAGGAGCUCAUCCCCUCCGGCUCCAAACACUCCUAUGUCCCAUCCCCCAACUGCUUAAUCAACCGGGCCUCCUCAGAGCACAACAAUGUGGCGUGUUCCACUGCAGCCUCCAACCAGGACAAACCAGGCUCCCUGGCCCACCGCUCCCCCAGGAAGAAGCAAAGGAAGAAACAGAAGAGGAAGGAGAAGAAAGAGGAGGAGAGGGAGACAGGGAACCAGAGACAGAGACGUAGAGUGCCUUCUGGUGUCCCUGAGCAGGAGAGCCAGACUGGCAGUUCUCCUCAACUGAUCCAGACCCAGGAGGACGCUUCAGAGCCCCAAAGAUGCCAAAGUAACAUCAGCACUUUCUGCAGUAGCAGUAUCCAGAGUUUAGAGGUGCAUGACACAAGACGCCCCCCUUACCCCCUCCAGGACUGCAACAGGGGCCCCAGCCCUCCCCACCAAAGCUGGGGCCCCCAGGUGUUUAGCCCCCCCUCCAACCUCUUAAUCUAUGGGCAGGAGAGUGACUCGGACUCUCCUCUCUGCAGUGUGGGAGACUGUUCACUGGCCCUAGCGGGGCUCAGGGGCAGUGUCAGUCAAGAGGACCGAUGCUACGCAGGUCCCUUCUGCAAAGACAUCUGCAAAGACGUGGAAAGGGAUGUCAGGGAGGAGGGAGAAGUCUCAGAGACUGACACCAACGAGGGCCUGAUCUUCAAUGAGAAUAUCCAGCCUGUCAAUUAUGAGUACAGGGAGGAGAAGGACUACAGCCUCUGCAAGUCUAUCAACACAGGAUCAUACGGGGAAGUGUGCAGUGUGCAAGACAACAGAACACACUUCAGAUUUGCUGCCAAAAAGAUUCUCCUGAAGAGUUUUAGUAGUGAGGAAGUGGGUACGUGGAGUGCCCUGAAGUCUCCUCGCGUGGUGGAACUCUUCGGAGUGAUCAGAGAGGGGCCCUACGUCAUCCUCUUAAUGGACCUCAAAGCUGGCUCUGUGGGUCAGCUUAUUAAAGAGAGGGGUCGGCUACCUGAGGACCUGGCCCUGCACUACCACUGUCAGGUCCUGGGGGCGCUGGAACACCUGCUGAAGAGACGAGUGCUGCAUCUGGACAUAAAGGCGGACAAUGUGUUGCUGUCAGAGGACGGGAGGGACACCUUUCUGUGUGACUUUGGACACUCGGAGAGAAUGGACAUUCAUGGACAGAGCCUAAGUGCAUCCCAAGGAGAUCUGAAGGGGACAGAGACUCACAUGGCCCCGGAGAUUGUGAAAGGGGAAACCCGCGGAGCCAAAGCAGAUGUGUGGAGCAGCUGCUGCAUGUUACUACACAUGCUCAUUGGCUGCCAGCCCUGGACACGAUACUACUCCCGCCCACUGUACUUCAAGAUAGCCAAUGAGCCUCCGCCUCUGAGGGAGAUCCCGCCCGACUGCAGUCCCUUCACUGCUGAUGUCAUAAAGGCGGGACUACAGAAGGAGCCAACCAAGAGGGCCUCCGCUUCGGAGCUCAAGGGAAGAGCAGCCAGAGCUCUGAGAGAAGUGGGAGGACUCAGCAGCCCCAUCAGAGGGUCCUAUAAGGAGCCACUACAGAUAGAUGACAGCCCCAGCCAGUCUAGCCAGCCCCGGCCUCCCUUCAGCAGCGACACCUGCUCUGAGGAGAGCCCUGAGCUAUGGCUGGAAUCCAUGAACCCAGGGGGGAAGGAGAUUAACAAUGAUGAUGAGGAGGAGGAGGAAGGCAGUGAAGAGACAACCUCACCUCCAGACUCACCUCGCUCUCUACUGACACAACUCCAUGAAUGGCAAAAUCCCAAGAUGGCCGACGUCACCUCCACCGUGUCCGAGCUUGAACUGCGCAAACUGGAGAGAGAGUUCUACCUGACCAGUCUGUCUCAGCUGCACUCAGCUGAAACCCAGGAGCAGCUACUGUCCUGCCUGAGCAGCAGUGACUGUUACUCCAACAGGGACUUAUGGGACAGAAAGGACUCUGGCCGUUGGUCCAUCAGCCCAGGUGAUGACCUCAGCUCUGGCGUGUUCUCCUACAACAGCCAACCGGACGGACAGAUUCUCAGUAUGGACUGGCUGGUUCACCAUACCCACCUGUCUCCACCACAAUGCUUUGAGGGAGUUGACGUCUGCAUCACGGACGUAAAUGGGCAAAGCAUCCGGAUCCGAGAGAAACGCAGGGUGAAGGUGGGCCACAUCGCCACAGGGAUCAGCGACCAGAUCUCUGAGAGGGUGUUCACCAUGGAGACUCAGGAGCGGGAGCCAGUGGCCCAUGAUGAGGAGGUGCAGGACUCUGGCCUUCUGCUCCGCUGUGUCCCUGCUCCUGACUACAGUCAGGCCUGGAGAUGGAGGGUCAAGGAGGGGGUUCUGGAGACUCGUGACUGAGCCAUCAAUCAACUCUCCCCAUUCAGUACCAGUCUCAUCAAGCAUCAGGACUGUGGACUCACUCCUGUACGCCGGUCUUAAAGCCUAUCCUGCUUUUUAUCAAACUGUGCGUUUUGUAUAAAGGGACAAACGUCAUGCGUUUCUUAUAAAUGGAUAUCCCUGUAAAUUACAGAAGCACACACGUGUGGUGUUUGUGUUCUCUUUACAAGAGAAAAUUAGUUCAUGUGAAUCAGCUACAACUGCCUUUUCUCAAAGAAAGGUAUGGAAAGUCUUGACAGUGCUGUAGACCUAGCAUAAUUUUAUACAGCUGUCCAAAAAUGACAGCCCUUUUCUGUACUUAGAGCACACCCAACAGUAGCACUGAGCCAGUAGGAUGUUAACAUCUCAACCCUGUGUACCUUACAGUAACAUGGAACCAGGUACACAUGGAAUCAUGUCAUGAAAUAAAAGCUGUACUCGAGUA